GUUGCCGGAAAGGAUUUUAAGUUAUUUUUCUAUGUUGCAGUUAUCUUCUUUUUUUCCUAUUGAAUUGAUGUGCUUGUUUCUUUCACCAUGGCUGAGGAUUGGAAAAGCUUGGACUGGAAGGGCAAGGGAAAGAUGGUGGAUGUAGAUAUCGAGUCCCGAAUUCAUUGGUACCCAACUGAAUACUGUGUAGAUUGUCUUUAUUAUGGUAUUGCAUUUCCCCAGGGUUGUGAGUCUCCAGAUUUUAGGGAAAACUUUUCCUGGUACUUGGAUGAUUUGCAACACAACGUGAAUGUGAAGAUAGAUGAGUGUUUGCAACAGGAAGAACCACCAGGAAUCGUGCAUGAGUUGUUUGUUGAUUCUCCAGUUGAUCGUCUGGUGCAAUUUUUCAGCCAACCAAAGUCCACUCCAAUCAAUCAGGGUACUAGUAAUCCUUUCCUGGUGCAUGGAGCAGGAGUUGACAGUGGUGGAGGUAGUCAUCCAUUCAAUGGAGAGAUUGGUGAAUCUAGUAAUCCUCCUGGAGAUGUUGAUAUGAGCGAUGUUGAUGCUUCAGAAGGUCCUUCCCCAACUGUUAAGCCUCGUCUGUAUGGUUCUGAAGAUGAUGAUUGGAUCUUGUAUACUUAUCAUCCAAGGAAGUAUCAAACGAGCUAUUUUUGCCGGAAUGCCACCACCUGCCACCGAUCCUGCAGCCGAUCCAACUCAGACGGGAGGCGGUUCUGCCAAUGGUGAGCCAACCAAUGUUGUACCAGAGAAGGCUAGUCAUGGCAUGGGAGAUGGACCAGGACAAGUCUAUCCUAAUGGUGAACAGAAGACUCAACCACCAGUGAU